UGCAGCAGCACCCAGACAUCGUCGGGACUUCCCAGGCUGAGCCUGCGAGUGGCGGGCCCAGAAAUCCCCAUGCGUGUCUUCGGCUUCGGCUCUGCCCUCACAGCUCCCUGGGGCUCUGGGUGCACCUGAGUGCAUCGGUUCUGGGAAAUGACAUCAUGGCGGGGAAUGUGGAGUGCAUGGCCUGCGGCCAGGGCACAGCGCGGGGCAACAGCGGGAGGCAGGGCUGCGGGCUGCAGCUGGACCUGGGGUCAGCCUUUGGGACACAGCUGGACUCCUGCAGCACUGGAAGCAGGGCCAUUCCUGCAGCGGUGCCCACGGGGAGGAUGGCGGCACCAUACGCGGUAUCCUCGAGGCUGUGAUGGCAGUGCUGUGCUGGGAUGGUGCUGAAAGUCCCCCCCACAGCACGCGCUGCACGCUGCAAACCUGCAUAUGGGGAAGUGUCCGGAGAGCUUAAGGGAUGGGAACUUCCUUGGGGAUUGCUUUGGGACGGAGGGAAGGGAGUCGGGGCGGUGGGAAGGCUCAGAGCCCUGCUGCUCUUUUGCCUCUUCCCGUAUCGGGUUGCUGUGUUUCUGGGAACUCUAUGCAGAUACCAGAGCCUGUGGGGAACGCUGAGGGGCUCUCAGGACUUUUUAAAAGUGAAGUGAAACCUCACACUUCUGCCUGAGGAAGAAGCUGUUGGGGCCAGAACAAAGAUCUCCUCUGCUUCCCAUGGCAGAUUCCCGCCUGCGGCCGCACCUCCUUCACCCAGAAAGAAGCUGGAAGCAGCUGCAUGCUGAUAUCCACCCGUAGCUCGGCCGUGCCGGGCCGGUGGCGCCGUGCGGGGGGACGGCGGGAAGCGCCCCGGCCCCGCACAGCUCUCGGCUACGCUCCGCGGCCCGGGAAAGUCCCGGGGCGGCGGGGGCUGCCGGUGGGGACUUCGUCGCGGGAGUGCAAGCUCGGUGACUGCAGGAUGGGCGGCCCCUGCGGCCCCUUCCUGGGCGGAAACGGGUCGAGCCGUUAAUAUUGGCUGCCCGGCUCCGCACGGCUCGGUUGGACUCGGGACGGGACGGGCGGCACGGCUCGGAUCGGACCGGAUGGGCGCGGCUCGGGCCAUGGGGCGGCUCGGGCUGCUGGGGCUCCUCUGCGCGCUGCUCCUGGGCUGCGGGCAGCCCGGUGAUGCUGUGAAUUGCUCUGACAAGCAGUAUGAGCACAAGGGCAAAUGCUGCAACCGAUGCCAGCCAGGAAAGAAGUUGGCCUCUGAAUGCAACGACACAGAAAGCUCUGUCUGCACACCCUGUGACAACGGUCACUACCAGCAGAGCUGGACUAAAGAGAAGCACUGCAUGCCCCAUGACAUCUGUGAGGAGAACGCUGGCCUCAUCGUGAAGAGACAUGGAAAUGCAACGCACAACACUGAGUGUCAGUGCCGGGCUGGCAUGCACUGCUCUGAUGCCAGCUGCCAGACCUGCGUGGAGAAUGAGCCCUGCAAGCAGGGCUUUGGCUUUGUGGCAGCCGUGGCUGAAGCCCGGAUGAUCUCACCGUGUGAGCCCUGUGAAGAAGGCACCUUCUCCAAUGUAUCUUCCAAAACCGAGCCGUGCCACUUCUGGACAAGCUGUGAGGAAAAGGGGCUCGUGGUGAAGGUGAAAGGGACGAACACUUCAGAUGUGAUCUGUGAGUCGAGCCGGCGCUCAUCGCUGUCGGUGCUGAUCCCCAUCACAGCUGUGGUUGUCACCUGCCUGGUGGGCAUCUGCAUCUACUGCCUGGUGCACACAGACCUCAGGCGCCGUGGAACGAGGCAGAUUGAGACCGAGGUGCCCAGAGAGCUGGAGACGCAGCAGCCGGAGGAGGUGGACUUCCCGGUGCAGGAGACCCUGCUGGGAGGGCAGCCCGUGGCACAGGAGGACGGCAAGGAGAGCCGCAUCGCAGAGCAGGAGCAGCUGUGAGAGUGCGGGAGCUGCCCCCGACAGGAGCAGCGGGCAGGGCCAGCACUGACCCCCCUGCAGUCGGGGCGGGAGGUGAGCAUCGGCCCCAGCGCGGCGAUGCCACGGGGCACAACCGCCCGCACGUGGGCAGCGCAGCCGGGCCGGGCACCCAGCGGAGUGCUGCGGAGGAGCCGGGCAGGGCCAGAGGUGGGCAGAGCCCGUGGCGGGACCGAGGCGGAGCCCGACGGGAUGCCACGCAGGAGCCGACCCGAAAAGCAGCUCUGCCCGGGGGACCCUCGGUGGCCCCACGCGCAGCCGCCACGGCGGGACCCGGCGGCUCGGUGUCAGGGCGUGACGGUGCCGGCCCGGCGGGGACGGGAUGCGUGGAGACAACAAACCAACCCAAAAAUUCCAGUCCCCGACCCACGCGUGUCCGGAGCGCGGUUCUGCGCGAGGCGGUGCGCGGCCGCUUCGGUGCCAGCAGGGGGUGCUGCGGGGCCGCCGGCGGCGCGGAGCGGGCGGAGCGCUCCCGCACAGCCCCGCGCGGGGGGCGGAAGGGUCACGGCCGAGUGCGGCGCCCUGCGGCGGCCCCGCGCCCCGUGUCCCGUAGCGAUCGCGAGGCGAAGGCUCUGCCGGGGGCGGCCCGGCUCGGCACCGCUCCCUUCGGCCGCCCCCGGCCCCGCCCGACCCCGCGUCGUUCGUCCCCGCAGCGCUCUGCGCCGCAUGCGGCCCCCACCGCCCGGCCCGAGCUGCGAUGCUGCCGGCUGCUGACAUUUCCGCGGUUAUUGCUCCUCUCCGAGCUCUGCCAUCACCGUUACAGUGGGAACAAUUACACUCAAUUAUUCUCCACCACACCGUUGACAAAAAAAGAUGGCAUUUAAACUUUAAUUAUUCUCUCGGUGUGCGUGAGCAGCAUGGCCCGCAGCCCGGGCUGCCCCUCCCCGCUCCUCCAUCUGCACCGAGCGGUGACCCCGGCAUCGUGCUCUCACGGGGGAGGGAUGGAAGGAACCCAGCACCCACCCUCAGCCUGGGGGGGGCUGCAGUCGGAGCCCACCACCCACCACCUGCACACGUGCAGCGUGGCAUCAGGAAGGCAGUAAAUCCCAAAGCCCGGAGCAGCUGCAACUCGGAGCAGCUUUUUCCAUAAAGGCAGAGGCACGUUAUUUAAGGCUGCUCUUAAAACCUAAUGUUAGGUUUAAUAAGGGAGAUAAAAGCAUGCCAGCGGCUGUCCUGCAUCAGCUGCGCGUUGCCGGCAGUGCUGGUGGAUGGCCCUGCAUCCCCACUGCACAGCCCUACCAACAGCCACCCCAGGGAUGCAGUGACCCCACUCCUGGUGACACUGCCAGCAGAGGGCUGGCAUCAUGUGGGCACAAAGCCCUCGGACCCAAACGCGGAGCUCUUGGCCCCAGACUUCAGCUGUGCUCUCUCCCCUCCCUCCCCCCCCCCAUGCUGACCUCUCCCCGCCUGCCCCUGCAUGCAGGGCGUGUGCCAUCUCAUUAGUGUGUCUGUCCCCCAAAGUGAGAAGGGAGAGAGCGUGAGACCUAAUUGAAUGUAACUAAUUAUUCACUCUGCAAAUGCUGUUUAAAUGGGAUUGUGAGGGACAAAAUUACUCAUUCUGAAAAGGGGAGAGAAAGAGAGAAAGACAGAGAGAAAACAAAUAGAGGCGGGUGCUGGAGCUGCAGCUCCUUCUCUCCCCAGAAUACCAAUUACCGGAUGAAGUGAUUGUAUAAAUCUUUACCGAGUGAA